AUGACAGUGGUUAUUUUGAAAUACUACGAAACAGGGGAAGUAGAGUUAUUGAUACCAUACCCAGUUUUAUAUCCUUUUAAUCCUUAUAAUAUUAAAAUAUAUCCGAUAGUAUACGGAUAUCAAGUUUGGUCGUCUGUGGCAGUAUGUUUAUUUGUGUCUACAAUGGAUUACUUCUUAUACACCACUUGUACUUACAUCAAGCUACAGUUCAAUAUACUAAAGACUAAAUUUGAAACGAUGUUCACGCCUUCGAACAGCAUAUCUCAAGAACCAGAUGAUGUAAUUACACUGGCAGAAUUUCAUGUCAAGUUUGGAGAAUUGGUGACGUGGCAUCAGGAAUUAAUUGAAGCAGUUGAUAUGCUUGAAUAUAUUUUUACCAAGGCAACUUUGUACAAUAUUUCAGCGAGUUCACUAAUGAUAUGUUUGGCAUUGUUCAACGCUUCGAGUGUUGAAAUAACUGAAGGCGUAUACAAUAGUAAAUGGUAUCUGAUGGAUGCUUCAGUUGGGAAACAUCUGUUACUGGUGAUGAUGAGAUCUCAAAAGCAGUGCAAAUUAACAGCAUUUGGUUUCGCUGACAUCGACCUGAAUGUUUUUAUGAGGAUAAUGAAAAGCGCUUGGUCCUACUACGCUCUAUUAAAAACAUUCUAUCCUUAA